AUUUAGUUUUUUCAUCUUGACCCAACCCACUAAACAUUUUUGGUAAGGUAGCACGCUCCAGCGAUUUGAAUCAACUGGGGGUUUCGGUUUGCUCCUAUCCUAGGGUUUAUACCUAACUGGACAAAAAAUUUCUGUAUCUGAAACUGUUCCGUCCGGCGAUCUGUUUUUUCCCGGUGUCUAAGUUUACUUGCCGCAGGCAUGACAAGUAACCCGCCACCAUCCGGUUCACAGUCACAUUGGCCACAUCCUGCAUCUGGAUCCACGGCUCCUCAGAGUUUUGCUCCUCCAUAUCCUAUGCAAUUCCGUCCUGCCUCACAGGCUUCACAAGGCCAACCUUUUAUGUCUCCACAAACUACUCCACAGUUUCAUCCAUCAGGACAACCACAAAAUAUGGGGAUACCUCCAGGUCAAGGUCAACCACUUCAAUUUUCUCAACCAAUGCAACAGUUUAUGUCACGGCCUCCGCAAGGUGGCCACGGUGCCCCAUCCUCAUAUCCUCAAAGUAUGCCUAUGCCAUCAGGCAUGGCACAGGCUCAAUCAACUGCUCCAGGCCAGGGAGUUCCAUUUUCAUCACCAUAUACUUAUGCUCCAUCUUCUUUUGGCUUGCCCCAGACAGGCAUCAGCAUGCCUCCCCAGUUCCAAGCUUCCUCCCAAAUGUCUAUGCCCGUUGGUUCUACUGGGGCACAACCGUGGAUGCACUCAAAUCAAGGUACUCCAAUUGUUGCACCAUUGCAGCAAGGCAGCUUGCAAUCCUUCCCCACCACCACAACUGUACCAGCUGUUAAUGGUUCUAGUACUGCUCAACAGUCUGCUUCUGAUUGGCAAGAAUACGAUGCUGCUGAUGGCAGGAGGUAUUAUUACAACAAGACUACAAAGCAGUCUAGUUGGGAGAAGCCUCUUGAGUUGAUGACUCCUCUAGAGAGAGCUGAUGCAUCAACUGUUUGGAAGGAAUUCACUACUCCUGAGGGUAGAAAGUAUUAUUACAACAAGGAGACAAAGCAAUCAAAAUGGACGAUACCCGAUGAAUUAAAGUUGGCUCGUGAACUGGCUGAAAAAGCUGCUGCUGAGGCAUCACGUCCGGAAAUGAAUUCUAGCUCUGCACUACCCACAGCUAGUGGCGCUUCUGGUGAACAACCACCUGCUACAGACAACUUGGCAAGCUCCACUACAUCAACAGGAGCUGGAGUCAGUUUGAGUCCUGUCCCAGUGGCUCCAGUUGCUUCUGAUGCUAAAUCUCCUAUUUUGAUGGCCUCUGAAUCAAGAGUGGUUCCUGUAGUGCAGACACCUGUUGCAAGUGCAACUGGAGUGUCAGUGGGAGACGCUGUGGUUUCCUCCCCUUCUGAUGUUUCAGUCAAAUUGUCAAGUGCCAGGUUAAUGCCAAUGAUCAGCUUGGAAAAUCCUUCAGCACAAGUGGGGUCAAGUCCCUCGGUCGGGGCUUCAGUCCCAGAUGGAGAGGAGGAGAAGAAAGAAACUGCUGUUGCAGGGAAAAUGAAUGUGGCACCAGUUGAAGAGAAAACAGUGGAUGAUGAACCUGUCAUAUAUGCUACCAAGCAGGAGGCCAAAAAUGCGUUUAAAGCACUAUUAGAGUCUGCAAAUGUGGAGGCGGAUUGGACUUGGGACCAGGCUAUGAGGGUGAUUAUUAAUGACAAAAGAUAUGGUGCUCUGAAAACUCUUGGCGAAAGAAAGCAAGCAUUCAAUGAGUACUUAAUGCAACGGAAAAAGAUAGAGGCGGAGGAGAGACGUCUCAGGCAAAGAAAAGCAAAGGAGGAGUUUAUGAAGAUGUUGGAAGAAUCCGAAGAACUCACAUCAUCUACACGAUGGAGCAAAGCAGUGACAAUGUUUGAAGAUGAUAAACGGUUCAAGGCUGUUGACCUAGAAGUGGAUCGAGAGGAUCUCUUUAGGAACUAUUUGGUGGACCUUCAGAAAAAGGAGAAGGCAAAGGCUCAGGACGAGAUUCGUCGGAACAGGCUGGAAUUUAGGCAAUUUCUGGAAUCAUGUGAUUACAUAAAGGUGGAUAGCCAGUGGCGGAAGGUUCAAGAUCUUCUGGAAGAUGAUGAACGGUGUACACGCCUAGAUAAAAUAGACCGGCUCGACAUUUUUCAGGAUUAUAUUCGUGAUUUGGAGAAGGAGGAGGAAGAGCAGAAAAAGAGACAAAAGGAACAAUUAAGACGAGCGGAGCGUAAAAACCGUGAUGCAUUUCGUAAGAUGAUGGAAGAGCAUAUUGCUGCUGGCACUAUUACUGCAAAAACUUCCUGGCGGGAUUAUUGUCAAAAAGUCAAGGAUUCUGAAGCUUAUGAGGCAGUUGCAUCAAACACUACUGGUUCCACCCCCAAAGAUUUGUUUGAGGAUCUAACAGAAGAAUUGGAGAAAAAGUACGAUGAAGACAAAGCCCAAGUAAAGGAUGUUUUGAAGCAGGAAAAGAUAACAGUUGCUUCAACGUGGACAUUUGAAGACUUUAAGUCCUCUUUUGGAGAUAACACUGUUUUGUCCUCCAUAUCUGACAUAAAUUUGCAGCUAGUAUUCGAAGAUCUUAUUGAUCGUGCUAAAGAGAAAGAAGAGAAAGAGGUUAAAAAGCGUAAACGUCUAGCCAAAGAUUUCACUGAAAAAUUGAGCACCAUUAAGGAAUUAAAUGUGCUUUCUUCGUGGGAGGAAUGCAAACCACUUAUUGAGGAAAGCUCAGAGUACAGGUCCAUGGGAGAAGACCUCUGCAGAGAAGUGUUUGAUGAAUUUAUAUCUCGUUUGCAAGAGAAAGUGAAGGAAAAGGAGCGCAAACGAGAGGAAGAAAAGACGAAAAAGGAGAAAGAGCGAGAGGAGAAAGAGAAGAGAAAAGAUAAAGAAAGAAAGGAGAAAGAGAGGGACAAAGAGAAGGAUAAAGAGAAAGAUAAAGAUAGGGAUCGUGAAAGAGAAAAGGAGAAGGGAAAAGAUAUUUCAAGAAAGGAUGAAGAGACUGAAAAUGUGGAUUCCAUGGAAACUCAUGGAUACAAAGAUGACAAAAAGCGGGAGAAGGACAAAGAGAAGAAACAUCGGAAGCGGCACCAGAGCACAACUGAUGAUGUGAGUUCCGAUAAAGAUGAGAAAGAGGAGACAAAGAAGUCACGCAGGCAUGGCAGUGACCGUAAAAAGUCAAGAAAGCAUGCAUAUUCACCCGAAUCAGAUAGCGAAAGCAGGCAUAAAAGACACAGAAAAGAUCACCGUGAUGGAUCUAAACGGAGUGGUCAUGAGGAGCUGGAAGAUGGCGAACUUGGUGAGGAUGGGGAGAUCCAAUAGUCACAUGUGAUCAUUUUGUUCACCUGGCUAGUAGUCAUCGCCCCAUCACUAAAAUUACGGUAUUUAGAACACCACCACUAACUGUUUUGCUAGAUGACAACGUUUGUUUCUAAAUUGCUACCCCAUACCUGAAGAUCCAUGUUUCCAAUUUUCUUUUGCUUCAGGAUGUGUAGCUGCCUUGGGGGUAGUUAUUAGUUUUUGUCUAUUAAUUUACUUUUGUUAGACCAUGAAAUAAAAAUUUGAGAUGAAAAUGCAUUCCCCUUUGGUGUA